CCCAUUUCAGAAUCUUGGGAGCAGCCAAAACGAUGUCCUUUGUCUCGCUGCUCUUGGUGGGCAUCCUGUUCCAUGCCGUCCAGGCCGAACAAUUAACAAAGUGUGAGUUGUUCCAGAGGCUGAAAGACCUGGAUGGCUAUGGAGGCGUCACUUUGCCUGAAUGGGUCUGUACCGUAUUUCAUACUAGUGGUUGUGACACACAAACCAUAGUAAAUAACAAUGACAGCACAGAAUAUGGACUUUUCCAGAUCAAUAAUAAAAUUUGGUGCAGAGACAACCAGAUCCCUCACUCAAGGGACAUCUGUGGCAUCUCCUGUGACAAGUUCCUGGAUGAUGACCUUACUGAUGACAUUAUGUGUGUCAAGAAGAUUCUGGAUAAUGUAGGAAUUAACUACUGGUUGGCCCAUAAAGCACUCUGUUUUGAGAAGCUGGAUCAGUGGCGCUGCGAGAAGUGGUGAACACCUGCUGUCUUUGCUGCUUCUGCCCUUUUUAUGUUCCUGGAUCUCCUCUCCCCUAUGGC